CCGAUAGACUGAGACAAAAUAACGCCUCUCAAUCGAUAGAAAAAAACUCAGCCUAGGAAAAUUGAUUUUUCGCUCAAACCGAAAGCAACACCUUUGGCUUGGCUUUAAUUACAUUACAGGGAACCGAAGCGAAUCCGAACCUCGGCCUUAAACUACAGACAAAGGAAAGCCCAAGACAAGAUGGCAGCAUCGCAGGUUGACCAGAAACGAGCCCUCAACAAGCUGAAGCACGACUUGGAGCCCUUCCGAACGGCCAUCGUGGGAGCCUACGGCGUGCUCACCUGGGAGAAGCAGUACUACGCUGGAGUGGUCUUCGGAGCAACCAGCGUCCUUUACUUGCUCCUCUGGUGGCUGGACCUCUCCCUAAUCACCCUGCUGUCGCUCCUCGGACUCAUCACCCUCUUACUGGACUAUGUGUUCCCCACGGUAUCGCGUCUGCUCUUCGGCGGCGUCAACUGGGAUGGCGACCAGGAGGCCAAGUUCGAGGACGUUUGCGGCCAGGUGUGCGCCGUCAAGAGCAACAUGGUCUUAUGGUACGACUACCUCUUCAAGGAGCGGAAAUCCACAGUGUUUGUGAUCGUCAUUAGCCUGGGUCUCCUCGCUCUCGCCUGGAUUGGAGCCAUCUUCAACAAUCUGCUGCUCAUGUAUCUGGCCACCCUGCUCAUUGCCAUGUGGCCGGGGCUGCAGAACAAGGACGUCUUCAAGGCCGUCACCCAGAAGGCCUCGAAGAUCAUCAACGAGAAGAUCCAGUGCGGCAAGAGGAAGCUGCAGUAAAGAAAUCACCCACAUACACUCACCACCAUUUGACCAAAAAAUAUUAUAAAAGCCUAAGUCAUCUACUUGCCAUUAUGCACUCAUCGCAUCACUAAAUACACACACUCGAGCAUUGAAUUUGAAACUAUGAAUAUCGUAAAGGAUAAGUAUUCUCAACGGAUAUCUAGCAAAUCCCGUCGUGGCCCCAUCACAUCUCCUACUAUAAGUUUGUAACAUGUAAGACCGAAGGAAUCUCGAAGCGAGGCGAUCGGAGAGAGAGAGAAAAAGAACGCGCAACAAAAGACAAGACAUUUUUGUGAUUAUUUUGUGAGUUAAUUGAAAUUUAUGAUAAUCCCAAGUAAGAUACAAAAGAACUUAAGCGUCUAUUGAACUAUAUUUAAAUAAAGAUUUCAACUGAAUAGAUCAAA